AUGAACGGCGAACUUUAUGAGCAACUGACCGCUCCAAAUGGAGUAACUUACAACCAACCAUUGGGCCUCUUCAUCAACAAUGAAUGGCGUCGAUCAAAGGCAGAGGAAUUUAUAUCGGUUGUUAGUCCAAUUGACGAGAAUGAGAUCGUCAAAGUCCACGCUGGUGGCGAGGCAGACAUUGACGAAGCAGUCAAGGCCGCUCGAGCAGCCCUCAAAGGCCCUUGGUCGCACCUUUCUGGAACCGAGAGAGGCGAAAUGAUGCGCAAGCUCGCUGACCUUGUUGAUGCUGCCACAAACGAACUUGCCACUAUCGAUACCUGGAAUAACGGCAAAAGGUUUUUGUCUGCACAAGGAGAUGUUGGUGAGCUGACAGGUGUGCUACGAUACUACACUGGAUUUGCAGACAAGCAAUAUGGGCAAGUGAUAAGUACAACUGAGAAGAAGUUUGCUUAUACCACUGUUGGUCCGAUUGGGGUUUGCGGCCAGAUCAUUCCAUGGAAUUAUCCCUUAGGAAUGGCUGGUUGGAAGAUCGCCCCAGCCCUUGCAGCCGGCAACUGUGUGGUACUCAAGCCAGCCGAGCAGACACCUCUGUCUAUCCUGUUCUUUGCAGAUAUCGUCAAGAAAGCAGGAUUUCCGCCGGGCGUCAUCAACAUAGUCAACGGCUUCGGGAAUAAGGCCGGUGCAGCUUUAGCAGCUCACAUGGAUGUUGACAAAAUUGCCUUCACUGGAUCUACAGCAACUGGACGUGAGGUGGCCAGACUUGCGGCGAAUAAUCUCAAAGAGAUUACGAUUGAGUCCGGUGGAAAGUCUCCACUGCUCGUUUUUGAGGAUGCAGAUUUGGACCAGGCUGUUAAAUGGAGUCACUAUGGUAUCAUGGCCAACCAAGGCCAGAUUUGUACUGCAACAAGUCGCAUCUUGGUACACGAAAACGUGUAUCAACAAUUCAUCGAACUGUUCAAGGGGAGAGUCAAGUCUUGCAAGAUCGGCAACCCCUUCGAGAGCGAUACCUUCCAAGGGCCGCAGGUCUCAAAGGCGCAAUAUGAGAGAGUGUUAUCCUUUAUCGAGAGCGGUAAAGCUGAAGGAGCUACCGUUGCUCUCGGCGGCCAGGCAACUUCAGUCAAUGGCAAGGGGUUCUAUAUAGAGCCUACUAUCUUCACCGAUGCAUCGGAUGAUAUGAAGAUAUACCGUGAAGAGAUCUUCGGGCCUGUUGCUAUCAUCAGCCCAUUCACAACAGAAGAUGAAGCAGUGCGCCGGGCUAACGAUACGAUUUAUGGACUUGGGGCAGCCAUCUUCACGCAAGACAUCACUCGAGCACAUCUUCUCGCGAAUAAGAUCGAAGCAGGAAUGGUUUGGAUCAACAGUAGCAAUGACUCGGACUUCCGUAUACCGUUUGGUGGUGUCAAGCAGUCUGGUAUUGGUCAUCAAUCAAUUUCUCUGUGGUGA